GUCAGAAGAACCCUCCCAGUCUCCGCCUUCCGCCGCCGCCGCCACUCGCAGCGCAGCCGCCUCGGCCCCGUCGAGCUCGUCCGCGGAGAAGGUGGCCUAGCCGCGGCCGCACGAGAAGAUGCUCGACAUCAACCUCUUCCGCAAGGAGAAGGGCGGCGACCCUGAGCUCGUCCGCCAGUCGCAGCGCAGCCGCUUCGCCCCCGUCGAGCUCGUCGACGAGGUCAUCGUCCUCGACGAGGCCUGGCGCCAGAGGCAGUUCGAGCUCGACAAGAUCCGGCAGGAGCUCAACAAAACCAGCAAGGAGAUCGGCAAGCUCAAGGCCAAAAAGCAGGAUGCGACGGAGCUGAUACAGAGCACGGAGGAGAUUAAGAAGAGGCUGGCCGCCAAGGAGACUGAGGUGCAGGAGGCCAAGACCACCCUCGAUGUCAAGCUCGUUACCAUCGGCAACCUUGUGCAUGAAUCUGUGCCCAUCAGCAACGACGAGGCGAACAAUGCUAUUGUGCGGACAUGGGGAGAGAAAAGAUUGGAGGAGAACUUGAAGAAUCAUGUGGAUCUUUGCAUAAUGCUUGACAUCGUAUCUUUGGAUAAGGGUGCUGAUGUCGCUGGUGGAAGAGGUUUCUUUUUGAAAGGCGACGGUGUCCUCCUGAACCAGGCGUUGAUAAAUUUUGGGCUAUCAUUCCUGAGAAAACGAGACUUUACACCAAUGCAAACUCCUUUUUUCAUGAGAAAGGAAAUCAUGGCAAAAUGUGCCCAGUUGGCCCAAUUUGAUGAGGAGCUCUACAAAGUAACAGGUGACGGAGAGGAUAAGUAUCUCAUAGCAACAUCGGAGCAACCGCUAUGUGCUUAUCAUCUAGGUGAUCGAAUUUAUCCUGCAGAUUUGCCGAUCAGAUAUGCUGGGUUCUCCACGUGCUUCCGGAAAGAAGCUGGUUCACACGGGAGGGACACAGCUGGCAUCUUCAGAGUCCACCAGUUUGAAAAGAUCGAGCAGUUCUGUGCCACAAAUCCAAAUGACAACGUAUCCUGGGAAAUGCAUGAGGAGAUGAUUAAAAAUGCAGAAGAUUUUUAUCAGGCGAUUGGGCUACCAUAUCAACUAGUGUCGAUUGUCUCUGGUGCUCUUAAUGAUGCUGCAGCUAAGAAGUAUGAUUUGGAAGCAUGGUUCCCUGCAUCAAAAACCUUCAGAGAACUAGUAUCCUGUUCAAAUUGCACUGAUUAUCAGGCAAGGAGACUUGGAAUAGGCUAUGGCCAGAAAAAGAAUGAUGAGCAAUCCAAGCAGUUUGUUCAUAUGCUGAACUCUACGCUGACUGCAACUGAGAGGACCCUAUGCUGUAUUCUGGAGAACUACCAGCGGGAGGGUGGUGUUGAGGUGCCAGUGGUGUUGCGGCCAUUCAUGCUUGGAAUAGAUUUCCUUCCUUUCAAGCGGCCUCUUGAUAGCAAACAAGCUGCUGCUGACUCCAAGCCCAACAAGUCUAAACCAAAGGGAAAUGCGGCUUGAGCUGCAAGAGGAGUGAACUGAAAAUUGUUUCCAGGCAGAUAAUGAUGCAUCCUUCCUUUUUAUUAAUUUCUGAGUCGUCUGUAGCAUGAUGAUGAUUUGGUGUCCCAUUUUGGAUGUUUUGGUUACAAAGUAUUGCAAUCAAGGACACUAUUUACUGCAAA